CUCCUACCAACCCGGCAUCCAUCAUCCUCAUACAACAACACGACGCAGGGAGCAACAUCCACGUUUUCAUCCGAGGGGGUACAUGCAUCCGUCUGCACCGGAGGUUUGAGAGCCCGCUGUCCGCUCCUUUAGCCGGUUGAAGAGGACACAUAAUCCGGUAAGUGUCCCGGUCGUUAUGGUGCAGUUUUGUGAUGCUUGUACCCAGAUGUGCGGGAUGUUGCUGUUUCUCGAGACAGGCAUGAACUCUUAAAGAAGUACCGGACAGAAAUAAAUAAAACACAAGACUCCAGUCAGCCUUUAGUACUGUUGUCACCAGACCCAUAAUUCCAAAUCGUGGAUGAAGUGAGACUGUAAAGAGACGAACUCAGGCUUUAUUUUCUCUGAGCCGUAAACUGCCGAUGGUAUGGCAGUGUGACAGCACGUCUGUAAACGGCUACAUUAAACUACCUCAUAAACACAACCCCAACUUUUGUCUAUUUUUUAAACUAAAUUCAAUGAUGAACACGUAUUUAAAUCCCCUUAGGAGUUGUUUUGGCGUGAAUGCUGUCGAAAUUAAAUCUACAGGCGAGCUAGAGGAAGAUGACAUUUCUUAUUUUGAAAAUCUUGACCGGAAGUGAAAUGUUAUUGUUUUUGGUUGCCUGUUGCAGCCGAAACAUCUGUGGCUAGACUUGUCAUUAUUCAACUUCUUAUUCAUAGUAUGUUUUUUUUUCUAUUUGUUAUAAUAAUUAAGUUUAAAUUCUAGAAAUAAUCCAUAGAUUUUAUUUGACUUAUUUCUUGUCAGUGUGCUUGUUGUGAUGUGCACAUUUUUCUGGAGAGCGAACUUUGACCAACACAGGCACACUUUUUUUCCUAAAGUUUCUCAAGUAUAAUAAAAGCAUGAAAUGCAGAUUCAUAGGACACUGCUUAAAUGGCAGCUCUUGUUUUGAUUUAUUAUCCCCCUAACAGACCUCAGCAGGCUAGUUGUUUUCCUGAAAAAGCUAUAUUUACACAACUGGAGUAGAGUGGCCUGUAUCAGGGAUUAUCAAAUGAUGCAGGUCCAUUAGAGUACUCCUGUACCUCCCAACAGGGAUGUGAUUGUCUUGUUGGAACAGUGUGAUAUGAACAUAACAGACACAAACACACACUCAUUCCCCCUGGCUGGUCCCAGCUGCUCACAAAGUGCAGCGUUAAUAUAGUGCUGCUGUGAUGCCAUAUUUUACUACACUACUUGAUUUUGAUUGGUCAAUACUCAAUGGCAACAGUCUGUUAAUUUUGGACAGAACACAACUGCUAUGAUGAUGAUAUGGUUACAGAUGCAAUCAGAGUCCAGCAGAUAAUCUGUGCUCAAACAAAGUCUGAUUAAGGAGGAGAGAAGACAUUGUGAAGCUCCAACAUGCAGAAAGCAAAGGGACAGGAGAGAGAUGCAGUAACACCAAAAUGUGACAAAACAACAAAAAUAAUUUAUAAAGAAGUGGCUUUUUUGGUACUGAUAUUUACUCAUUACAUAGCGAACAACCCCUUUGAGAAUCUUACCACCUUUGCUUUUGUGGGAUAUCAAUUUUGGUUCCUGAAUUAUUCUAUUAUGCAUUUUCACAUUUAUUUUUAUUAUUUUGCAUUUUAAGUAAACUUAAAAAAGAGUCUGAACAUGACUACAAGCCCAAGCUGUGAAUGCGUUGAUUAAGAGAAUUUAUUCAAGUUCUUUAAGUUUUGAAAAAGUUUUGGCCAAACAUCAUACUCAAAGCAACGCUGCUUAACUCCCUCAGUUCUGCGGAGAUAGUCCAUGCAACUUGGUGGGAACUACUCUCAAUUCAUUAGAACUAUUUGUUCAUGCAUGUAACACUGUGUGUUCGUGCUAUAAAAGGUUUCCCUAAAAAAUAAACAUAUUGCCCUGCUUUAAGUAUAGCAAUGUGUGAUUUCAUCGCACAAUACCUGUGUCUGAGCAGGUAUUAUAUCAACAGAUUUUUUGCCUACACACUGGUCUCAGUGUAACCAUCAGAAGAAUACAGUCAUCUAAAAAAGCAACUUACUGGCGAAUAUAUUUGCAUUCAAUGACAGAUAAGAGAAGACUAUUUGAAUUUAUCACUACUGCUGCCUUAACACUGAUUAAAGCUCCUGUAAGAAGCUUUUAGUCUGUUUCAAUUUUGGCGCCCCCUGUAGACAAAGUAGUCUCUGCUCCGCUACAUGCUUCUGCUUUUCAGAUACCUAACCCUUCACACCUGUUUAGGUCAUUUAAAAUGACAAAACCAAAAUCGCCAGUCUUGUCACUUACAGACUUGUUUGCUUUUGUUCAUUAUAAAAAAGGCACCAAUAUGAAAUUUCAGUCUAUUUUAUAAGCAUCAAAAACUCCUCACAGGAACUUUAUUUGACAUAACAACUGAUUUGCAUGAAUCAAAAUUUUCACUUUAUAAGACUCAAAAGUCUUUGUAUAAUUGCCUCUUGUUUGCAUACAUUUUGCACUGUAUUAAAAGGUGCCGUUACAUCCCUAUAUGAUAGCAAUUUUUACCUCUGUUGAAUUAUAAACUGUACAUUCAUUAAGCUAUUGUAUAAAUAACUACACUGCCAAAUCAAACACAUUAAGAACGCUUACAGUAGAGAGGCUUGGUGACUGGCAUGAGUGCCAGUACUUUAUGUCACCAUGUUCGCACAGAGCUGCGGUCUGAUCCGCAUAAUCAACUCGAUUGUGUCUUGUACUUUCACUCUGAGUUAUACUUAAAACUCUUUGCAAGCUUUUGAUUAUGUCACUAAUCAAAAUCAGCUAAUUCAAUUCAUGUGCUGCAAAUCACCCACACACAUGCACAAACACACCACAUAUAUGCCCUUGUUAUUAUGCCCCACACACACUCUCACACACACACAAGCACACACACACACACACCUCUGUGGGCAGUGCAACCCUCGAGACUGAGUCGUGUGUUGGUGCGUCGUUUCACCACAAUGGCCAUGUUGAGUUUUCUGCAAGACUUCAGCCUGCCUGCUUAGCAGAGUGGGUGAAAGCACCAUGACGUCUGAUACACAAAAGACCCAUUCACACAAUCUCCUGAGGAAGCUAUGAUUCCCACACAGGCACACACAUGCCUGGUCACCCCACCACUACGCGGCCUAUGUCACAAUAUUACUCAAUUAAUCCAGAGAGUGGAGGCUGGCUGCAAAGGGCCUGCUUGUUUUACAAAGCUACUGUGUGAACAGCUGCUAUAACCAACUACCUGUUUGUGACUAUUAAAGGAAAGAGAUUAGAGUCAAGCCUGCUUAUUGUUGCUAUGAUGCAAAUUAAUCAUUAAAGAGCAGCUAGGCUUGCGUGUUUGGAUCUUUGGAAAGUCUCAUGCCAGCCCUCUUGUGUAAACCAGUUUGUUUUAUCUUCUCAAAGAAAGACAGUAAAAUUUAACAGAGAAAUUACAUAUUUAUGUUCAGUCAUAUUCAGUCUGCUAAUGGUGGGAACGAGAAUACAGAGCUCUCAACACAGUGUUGUGUUGUGAGUGCGACACACUGAAGAUUGGAAUAUUGUACUGAUUUGGUUUGAUGUAGGUUUGAUGUAGCUUUGUUUUCUUUUUUUUUCUUUUCUUUUUUUUUUUUUACCAUAAAAUCCAAAAUAAAGGCUGUUCUCCCUUUUGGGAGGUUCCCAGAGCAAAAGAGGUUUAGGCUGUGUUCCUGAAUAAAGUCCUCCACUGUCUUCAGCAAUGUACAGUUUCUAUGUAGAUGUGUAGCUCUUGUUAACACGUUACAAAAAGGUGAACAGAUUUGCAUAGUUACUACUAGUUCGCUCUUUGUUAACCUUAAGUUAACUGUUCAAAAAGUUGUCUGCUACCUGUGCAGUUGUUGACUACUAUUGCACUGACAGUCAUGAGGUAUGGAUAAACCCACUUCCCACGACCAUUUUACAAAGACUUGUGUCAUGGGUAUGAUUCCACCCAGUGGUCUCCUUCCUGCGGGCUAGUCCCUGCCCCCUCCUAUUUUCUGCUCUGUCCACUCUUCUCUAUAAAAGCCAAAAAGACCAAAAAAUGAUCCACCUGGCUAUGUUACCAGCAGCAUCCUUGCCUGCUUUUUACAGUGCCAUCCUCUGGGAACACAACAUAACAGCCCACUCCAAGUUGUAUCAUAUUGAUAUCGCUGUAAUGGUUGCACAAGUGUAAAGAAUUUAGCUCACUUUUAUGAUUAUAGAAAAGGUUUGUUUACACAUCAAGUUUAAUUGUAAAUCAAUCAGUCAGUCUUUCUUUAUAAAACACCAAUUCACAACAAGUGUUCUACCAAGAACUUAAAAGAGUUGAUCUAGAUUUAAACUCUAUUCUCAAAGACCCAGUGUAAAGACGGGAUCAGGUUGAGUCUCAUCUAGGAACAUCAGACCCACUCCCAUUCCAUCUUCAGCUACAUGAGUGAAACCCCACAGUUGUGCACAAAUAAUCCCAUUCGGAAUUAAAGUUGUUUAGUGGUUACUGUUCGUUUAAGGCAGAAAAUGAAACCAGUCUUUCCAGUUAAGAAAACCCUUAUUGAUGAUCAUACAUUUGCUACUUGCACUGCUGGGACAUGGGUUUAUAAUGUAUUGUGAUGAUGUAAACUGGAACCUUUUGCACAUUUCAGGUGUUUUAAAGAAAAGCUAUUUUCACACUAUCAGAACUCGAGAGUCACUGAAAAUUAAUUGGUCCGCUUUUUGUCUGUCAAUCACAUGCCUGAUUAUUAUGUAGCGCUAGGAAACGAUCCCUCACAGUUAAAGCACGUUUCAGCCUUCUCCUCCUGUCCAUGACUGCAUCACUUUUUCUGUCUGCCCACAUGUAGUCUGGCCACUGGCACCACACAAUAGCACUGCCACUGCUGCGUGUCAUCAUCACAAAGUAAAAGGAUGACUUAAUUCUUCAGUAACAUUACUUGAUACAGGCAAAACUACUGAGGUAUUAAGUAAAGCCUUAUUUGUGCACUUUGCCAUAAAUGCUUCUUAAUUUGUUUUGUUUUUUCCAGAUAUUAUCUUUUUGCAAUAACUAUUUUAGCAUAAGAUAAGAAGAACUUUAUUUAUUCUUGAGGAGAAAUUCAAUAUUCGAUAUUCGAUUCAUCUCUGCUUUGGCAACUUUCUGGGACGUUUGCUUGUCUCUGCUGCUAAAAGAAUAAGUGCACCCACCUUCCACUGCACAGUUUUUAACCUAGGGCAGUUUUGUUAAGCUGCAGUGUCCUGUGAUGAGAAAAAAAUGUACACGGGCUGGGUAACACGACACCGAGCAGAACAACAGGGCUGUAGAGGUUCCCACAGGGAACAGAUGGUAGACCGAGAAAACAGGGCUUGUAAAAUCUUUAAUUUAUUUAUGAGUCUCAAAGGGACACUUGAACGAUGAGUGUAUUUAAGAGACAAGUGCGGUCAUGUUUUCUGUCAGUUUUGGGACAGGGAGGAUGUGGCGCCUUACAUGAAUAAUGAAUUAUUGCUGCUAGAAUAGACUGUUUGGGGCCAUCAGUGUGUGUGCAUGUGCAUCCAGGCUCACACGGUAAUUAAACAAAACAUUUCUUUCGGAAAUGAAAGUGAAAAAACAUACUGACAAGGACAUUUCUAUUACAAGGACAGAUUGAAGCUGAUUUUUCAGCAAAGCAAGCACACAAAUCAGCAUGAUUAAAAAAACAGCAACAUUUGUUACAUAAGACACAUUUUAAUAAUAUAGACUCUCAUGCAACCAGUGGGGUACUCUAUUGUCAUACCUUAUUUUACUAAGAAGAUGGUGGUCCAGGAAGCAGGCAGCCACUUUACUGUGCAGAGUAUGCUGCACACAUAGUGAGGUAGACCAGUCUUAUCAUGCAUUCAAAGAAAAAAAAAGGUCAUUUAGUGGUGGUCACUUAAUGUAAGACCUUAACUGACCAGUAGAGGGGGACAGAGUAAGUUUUGGCAAACUGGUUGUAGUUGGAAGUGAGUUUGUCUCUCUUUCACAGCUAACACACUAACGCACAGGUAGCUAGCAGGAUGGCAAAAGCAGAUGGUGUUGGAAAGAGUUCAGAGGAGCACUGAAACUUUGCAAUGCUGGAUGAUAGUUCAGGUCUUUUUCCCCUUUUAGAGGUAUUCAUCUAAAACAGACACUCACUUCUUUUCUCCACUCUCUCCUUUAUUUCCUAACCUUUUUGUUUAAAUCCGUUAAAUUCUUGUCAGUUUCUCUUUCUUCUCCUGUGCUUAGUUAUUGCUUCUCUCUCUUCCAAUGGUGAAUGACACUAGCAGUCUCCUGUCUCUUUGUAUUCACACUGGAAUCUUUGAGGAAAUCUCAGAUACAGUCUGUAAGUCACACUUUGUUUGGCCAGAAAUUUCUCUUCUGCUUUUCAGAGGACAUGUGACUCACUGUUUCCUUUCGGUUUCUGUAUGAGUUUGGAUCCCUGUUCUUAAAAUCUACAAAGGCUUUGGAUUGAGAUCUAAUUUGCAAACUAAAAAGUCGUGAUUGCUGUGCUCUAAAGUCAGGAUAAUGUCUUUUGUUUUCCCAGGAGUUUCACCAAGAAAAUCAAGCCCUCCAAAAAGGAGAAGGAACAACAACAGGAGGAACAAAACUUUUUCUCAGGUCACAUCUUCCUCCAAACUCUCUCCUUGCCGCUUGGCCACGAUGAAGCUAAAGGAGGACCUGAACCCCAUGCUGCUGCUCCUCUUCCACCUCAUGGUCUGGAUUUACACCUUCAUCACCUUCCUGCCCUCCUACCUCCUCAGCUGGGUCUCCUCACCAGAGGGGGACUCCUACGGGUCAGAGGCCGAGCGAGCCAAGAGGGCAAAAGCCCGCUCUGUGCUGGGACGUCCGGAGGGACCUUACAGAGCGGUGAGUGCUAUGAAGAGGCUUGUGACAUCUCUGCACCCUGGGAUGGACACCCUGGAUAAGAUGUUUGAGUACGCAGCCACCAGGUUCCCACGCAGAGACUGCCUUGGGACGAGGGAGGUGAUCAGUGAGGAGGACGAGCGGCAGAGCAAUGGAAAGGUGUUCAAGAAGGUAAAGAGUGAUGCAUGGAGUGUUGUUUUUAAGCUGCAGCAUGGUUAUAGCAUGUAGCAAAGGAAGAAUCAGAUAGAAGUAUGUGUAGAGGACAAAAGGCAGAAGAGACUGAGAAACUCUUCAGCAGUGGGUCAAAAAUAUCAUAAUAAUUAUCUGUUCAUUGCAUUAAUGAAACCAUAGAAAAGAUAAUUUCCUUCAUGUAGCUAGCAUGCACCUAAGGAAGCUGCAAGUGACCAUCACGGCUCAGCUGGUUACAAAUGAAUUAAUGUUGAUGUAACGACGAGCCUGUGAUAAUCAAAUGCAGCUGAUGCCUGGUUGUUGUACCUGGCAUGGCAGAAUAAUGUUACAUCACAAAUGCACAGCCCCUUCCUCCAUAUCUAAUCACGCUGCUGUUGAAUUUAAUGUCUAAUGUGAUUACUUUGAAUAAUAUUAAGAUCAUGUGGUUAUAGUACCUUCAGCAGCAGUUGUGCACUGAUUUAAAUAAAUGGUACCUCUUACAUGUUUGCUGAUUUUGUCCUGUGAAGGAAUCAGUGGUAUUUUCUGACCAAACAGGUUUUUUAUCAGUGAACUGUGUCACUCACUGAGAAUAUUUGCUGUGGAAAAUUUCAAAGAAGUGUGCUUCUGUAGCAUGCUGUACAUUCUCUUACCUGACACCUAACUCCUUGCAGCAAUUAGAGACAUUUUAAGAUAAUUAAAUCAGAAUUGUCAGCCAUGACCCUGAUGGUCUUAUUUGUAGACUUUAAAGAGGUGUUACUAUUUGAUUUGUCUAUAUAACUAAACCUCUCGCAAAUGCUUUAAUAAUAAGGUGGGAUGAAUAGAAGAAGGACAAAUCUGUUAAAGCUUUGAUUUGUGACACCAAACAUUACAUAGAGGAGAAGAAAUCCUUCUGACCAAAUAGUUAACAUUGCAAACAUGCCUUAUUUAGACAAAGCAAGCUGCACACAGCCUUUCUACAGAGGCUAAUCAAUCAUUACGCCUUCAACUGCAAUUUUCAUACGACAAAAUGUAGCACAGUGUUUUUUAACGAAACAGAAAAUCACUAAAAACAGUCAAAACCUUGAUUUGUUUGAAAGGGUUUAGAUAAAACAAACUGACAAACCGUCAUACAGGAAAUAAUGAGCUGAGGGAUUUCACACUGGAGAUAAAAUCAUACUGAUUAAGUUUAAGAGAGUUAAGCUGAGAAUGAAAUAAGAAUAAGAAUAACUUUAUUGUUCCCUGGAGGAUAAUUCAAUUGUCUGUUGUCUCCUUUGUCAUGUCUCAAAAGUCGUCCAAAUAAGAUCAAUUAAAAACUCAAAGAUGAAAUUUGAAAAACAAGUAAGAUAACAAAACCAUUAAGGAUAAAGCAUUAAUAGUAGAUGAUAUUAGGACUUGAUUAUGGGAUUAAAAUGUAUAAUAAAUGUAUUAAUAAGUAAAUAAAUAAGUUUGUUUAUGGCGUGGCCUUGAAUAAAGUAAGUGACAGGUUGUCAUUCCUCAUGUUGGCCUACAUUCUUCUGUACUUACUCACUAACAGAGAGGGCAGAGAAGUAUAACACAGAGUAGAUAACAAAACUGAGCCAUUUCUAUUUAUUAGAGAGUACAUUUGUUCUCAAAGGAUCAGAAGUUUGAAGAGAAAGUAAAGCCCUGGUGUUCAGUCUGCUUGCAUGCCCUGCUGUUACGUCACUUAUCUUGUUUUAGAAAAUAUAUUCAUUCAUACAAUCUCAGAUUACCUUGAGAGUUACGUCACUGUUAAUUGUCAAUGUUACCCAAGAAUAAUAAGACUUAAUUUACACACUUUGGAGAAUGCAUUGUGCCUGAUCCGUCUAAUCCAUUUAAUACCCACUGGUGAAACACUUGUUGCUGCAAGAGAACACGUAUUAGCAUUUUAGAUCCUUGCUACUUUUUCCCCCAACAGUGGACACAGCUCUAUUAAAUACAUCCUUUAGUGAACUUGUCUGCAAUACCAGCUGGUGGCCACUAGGAGCCAGUAUACCCAAACCCACACAUGCAGGAAGCUCCUCUGUGUGUUUGUGUCCUUAAUACUUUCUGUCAUCAGGUUAUGAGUGUUGCAGAGUGGAUCCAGAGGCCCGUGUUUAUCUCCCUCUUCCAGUGCUGACGAUGUCCAUGAGGUGCUGCAGCUUGAGAAUGACAGAAGGAGAGGAAGUUGUUCUGUUUAGCCGACUGUUGCUCCCUUUCCUGUGGCUGUAAUAUGAAACAGGCCAAACAUGUGACUGUGGGAUUUCACUUGCAGUGCUGCAUUAAUGUGCGGUGUACCCACCAGCACAUCGUAAAAGGAGGAGUAAGAGGACUAACAAGUCCCCUGGUUUAAGGAAAGCCUAAUAUGUUAGCUCUCUUUUUUUUUUUUAAAGGAAUGACUCACAUGUGCGCUCUUGGUGAGACUUAAGCUGAAAUGCCAACUGCUACAGUUCCUUCAGGAGUGUGGGCUCAUGCCCGCUUGCAGCAAGGGUGCAUUUAGGGUGCAGGGUGACCCGCUUGAGAACAAUACGAGGGAUAUGGCCUUUGACCCCCUUUAGCUUCCUGAUUUUAAUAAAUUAACUCUAUACUGCCCCCUUGCAGGUGGUUCUGGGUGAGUACCGCUGGAUCUCCUAUGAAGAAGUUCUCACAGCAGCGGCACAGCUGGGCAGCGGUUUGGCUUCACUGGGCCAGCGACCAAAAACCAACAUUGCAAUUUUCUGUGAGACACGAGCGGAGUGGAUCAUCGCUGCUCAGGCCUGUUUCAUGUACAACUUCCCCUGUGAGUCUGCAUAUUUUUUCUCAAGUAACACCGUUAUUCUUGGAGUAUGCGGAAUAAAAAAACUCUCCUCAUCAAGCUAAAUCUGAGAGGUCACCCACCGAUCUAUCAGAUCUGUAACAGAAAUGUGGUUUAGAUGAUGAUGUUCUUUCCACUCAGACAUUACAAUUUACUGAUAAAUAUUAUUCAAGACAUUUUUCACAUUGUAUUUUCAUGAGACCAAGCAGCAUUUAUAGAAAUUAAAAAUCAGCAACACUUCUUAGGGGUUUGGAUUUAAGUCCAGGAAGCAGUCUGGUUUACGCCCAGAGUAGGUCCGAAGUCCAAGACGAAUUCACGUUUCAGCAGACUUUGCAAAAUUUAAACUUAAACAACAAAUCUGUGUGACGCUGUGUCAUAAAAGCUGAUCAGACUUUAGAUUUCCUGGCUUCCUGUUAGAAAGGAUCAGUCCGACCUCCACUGAACAAACAAACAUUUCUUAAACAUAGUUUGAAAUCUAGAAUAGUGAACAAAUCACAUGGAGACCAGUUUCUCUGUGUCACUUAACAUUUACAGUGAAUCUGAGACUCGCUUUUGAAGGAUUUGUAUCAAUCCUCUCUGGGAUUUAAUGAACCAGGAAAUGACUUACCUAGAUUGAAGACUUACCUAGAUGAGUAAAUAUCGCUUUGCUUUAUAUUUGAAGACUUGAUCACUUCUGGAGUAGCUCUUUGGACUGUAAUCUAUAUUGCACACAAAAUAAUAUUUCUUGUCUUUUUUAUGUGUUUUUAGUGUUCAAAUCUAUCCCUUUAUUCUCGUCUCAGAUGGAGAAAAUAAUAUAUCUUCCUCUCAAAUGCACUACUGGUAUUUUUGGGGUAUUUGAAGGAGCUUGCCCCCUAAAUUUCUCAGAGUUUCCUGUUCACACAUAUCCCUCAUAUGACAUUAAAAUCAUCCUUAUCAAGGCUAUAUCAAUGAUUCACCUUCUGUGACCUCAGGUGUUUUUAUACAUCCUGUAGCAAACUGCUCACCCAGCCUCACAUCAGUCACAUGAGGUAAAUAUUUCCACUUUGUUCUCACAUCAGCUUAGCACAACUUCACCCUGUAGUUCUUGUAAGUUUUAGGAGUUUGGUGCAUGUGUGAAUACAGCUAUGGAUGAAUAAGAGCCGAAUCUCGUUGGCUGGUUUGAGACAGUACUUCAAGUUUUUUUAAACUUUGGCUGUUCAUAGAAAGAGACAUAAAUGGACAUAAGUGUCAUUAGUAAUAGAAACACACCUGUAUUUUACUCUGUGGUCAUUGCUCAGUGCAGGUUGUACUGUACUGUCACUCUGUUCUCACUGCUUUCUUCAGCUUGACCUUUCCCACUGCGCGUCUUUGCAGCCAUUUUUUUGUGUUUAUACAAAAAGCGCUCCAGUGUAAAUGGUUGCACUGGACAACUUGUAACUUGUAACCAGCUGAGACAGAAAAAGGUCAAUUUGUCCCUUCUGCUCUGCUGUUAUAUAAGUGUCCCAUUCCUCCUCCUCCUUCACUUCACUCCUUUCUUUCUCUGCAUCUGUUUUAGCUUGUUGUGAUGGGAACAGUUAAUCUAUGAUGCUCUAGCGGUUUCUAUUCUUAUUAAAAAGCUUUCUUUUACUCUGAAAUGUGUCUUUUAGAUUGUAUUACAGAAGUCAUCAUUUUGCAAAUGAGAAUAACAAACAAGGACUGCAAUUUUUAUUUUUUCAAGUGAGCUCAAAAUAGCUCUUUAGUAUCUCUCUAUUAGCUCAUGUCUGACUGUUAUGAGAAACGUUAUAUAAAUACUGACUCAAUAAUACAACAGUAGACUCCUUUUAUAGAGAACCAAUUAUUCUUUCUUCCAUCUAGAGUCACUUUGAAUGAUUUCCAGUUCAAAGCAAUCAUGAAUUUAUCUCCUAAUUCUAAUUGACACAAUCCUCAACAAGGCAAUUUUAGGUCGUACCAUCUUAUAAGGCACAUCUGUAGUGUUGUAUUACUUAGACCUGACAAAUGAUACAUUUUUGCAGUCAGUGCUUGCCUGGCCCAAAACACCAAGAAACACCAGUACCCUGUUCAUGCUCUGCAAAAAGGGUUCAAGAGUGACUAAUUUUCUCCGGGAAUCAAAAUGUCCACUGACCGUCAAAAAGUUUGAAAACCGUCAGAAUUGGGCAAAUCUUCUCUGACACGCUUUUCUCUGUUUUCCUUUACAACAGGAUCUCAGAGCUACAGUUAGCAGAGUGAGCACCACUUGCCUGCGGUGAAUUAACCUCACUUAUCCUCCAUUUUUCCAUGAAUAGGCCUCCACUGGUUGUUGGCAAAUGUCUUUAGGGGAUCUCUAUGCUGAUUGGCUAUCACGUUGGAGGUUAUUUACUAGGGUUCAGAUAUUUCAGCUCCCACAAAUGAGCCAUCGAAGGAUGUCAACCAAUCAGAAUCAAGUGUUUCAAACAGCCAAUUAUGAUGAAGGAAAAGUGAACUCUAUAAAUUAUGUCGGGGGGUCAAGUGACCUCAGAGCAGAGCAGCUUUCUGUCUUUUUCUUCUCUUACUUUAAGCAUCCCCAUCAGCACUCUAAGCUCAUUAAAUCUUUCUGAUUGUCCUUGAGAGACCCUUCAUUUUCUGUGUGAGCUGAGGUUUACACUCCAUUAAACUGUCACGUAUUAAAAGUGCUCUGUAAGUACGAGCCGAUAAGACAUCUUCAUAAAGCAUUUUUCACUCUUGCAAACACAAACACUGAGACAGAGGAAAGCCUGAGGCGGGGGGUAACACGUAGAGGAGGGGUUAGAGAGGAGUAAAAGGUUAGAGAGAGGGAUGGAGAGUAGGAAAAAGAGGGGUAAUGGCGUCAGAAGAGGGGGGAGACGGUCUACGUGAGCAUCUGAUGUUGACAGAGGCAUCAAGGAGUCAGCCAAAGGCCCCCAGUGAACUCAAACACUCACAGAGUGUGCAUGAGUGUGAGUUUGAGGGUAGAUUCCAUAUGUGAUGGACUUUUUGCAUGUUUAAUAAUGAGUUAAUUUAACAAAAGAGACCUAACAAACAGCAAAGAUUCUCCUGUCUUUCUCAUUGUGCGUUAAAAAGAAUCUCAAUACUCCUUAAAAAACACUUGUAAACAAAACACAGAGAGAAGAAGCCUGAAUAUGUCAGCUUUUUUCUUCAGUUAGUAACUUUGGAGUCAUGGCCCUCAUCCACACACACACACACACACACACACACACACACACACACACACACACACACACACACACACACACACAAAGCCUUAAACUACCAUAAACCCUUGCACCUGUGUCAGUGUAGUAGACAUGAAGUUAUGAACUGAUGAUUCCUGCAUAUUCUUUCUCUGAUUGUAUCAGCUGAUUUUUCCCACACUCACCUUUCACACCUUUUGCUUUUCUUAUUACUUAUUUUUUCUCAAAUCCUGCACAAACCUGACCCCCAUUUAAAGGCUUCAAAACUGCUUCAGAAACUGAUUGGUGAUGUCACUGAGACCACAUACUGGUUUACUACAGUCUGUGAUCAAGAUAUUUAAAUAUUGGGGGAGAUCCAGCAAAACACAAGUAGCAAAGUUAGAUAUUCAAAGCUAUUUACAUCACAUUUUAGUACAUCUGUCACUGGAAUUAACUUCAUAUGUGUUAUUUUUGUUGUAAAAAAGAAUUUAGGCUACUGCUAAAUGCCCAUGGUUUUAGGAAAGACCCAUUUUACAGUCACAUAUGUAUGUGAGUGAUUGUAACAGGGUUUACAGUGACUUUCUUCAGAAACAUUUUUUUUUAGAAUGAAAUACAUUGAGAUAUCAGGCCUACCUCAAAUGUUAAGUAAAUAAAACAUCUCCAGAUUCCAGUCACAUACCAGUGACUAUCUGACUUAUGCACUGAGGCAUAAUUCACACACUCCCUCUCAUAGGAGCGCUGUUAUUUCCCCAAAGAGCAUAUUCAGCAGCAAAAGCUGCAUUCCCAUUGGUUGGAAGGGUUUACUGUGGCCUCUGGAGGAGGCUGGUGAUGUCAUUAAUGUGGGAGGGGCGAAACAAGAAGCCUGAGGGGUGUUGAAAGAGUGCACGUACAAUUUCCAUCAUCUCUCAUGUUUCAGGGUCUGUGUGUUGACCCUGCAUGCAAAUCAUGCACUCAGCCAGUGUCAAUAAAUGCUGUUAAUCUGUGCAGCUUUUCUUUUGUCUCUGUGCUGGAAACAUUCUCGUCUCUUAUCUGUGACCUAAUCGGAACAAAAGCCCUCAAGAGGUCUAACACAAAAAGUUUCAAACAAGCUGUUAAUACAGCUGCAGACAAACAGAAAUAGCAGUAGUCUCAACAAAAUGGCAAAUUUUAUAUGUGUGAGGGAGACACCAAAUGGAAAAUGUUGCAACAUUUUUCUUUAUCUCUUAAAACAUCCUAAAAAUGUUCAAGAGUUCAGUCCUAUUAAAAUCAAAUUCCUUGGAAUUUGGCUCCAACAUCUGAAUGACGUUGUUAGAUACAGAUAUGAUGAGGUAAAUAAAAGAACAGCAAUCUGCCAGUAAAUCCCAAGGAUUGUGACAUCCUGGAUAACAAGAAAUCAGUGAGUCAGUGUGAUUUUCUCUGAUCAAGUGUUAAGUAAUCCUUGGUGUUUGGGCCAGGAAAAAGGGAAAAACUACUUUACAGGAAGAUUAUCAUUAAAACGAAGGAAGAGAGAAAAAAUGUUUCCUCAUUAAAGUUACCAUCACUUCAAAAUUAGAUUUUUAAUGUAUGAUAAAUAUGGUAAUCAAAGAAAACAGACUAGUGGUAUUAUUGUCAAAUGAUUUUCUAAGACAACAAAACUGACACUUUUUUUAAACUGUUAUUUUAACGCUCCUGUGAGGAUCUUUGCUCUGUGUUAACUUUGGCGCCCCCCUGUGGACAAAGCAGUUUCUGCCUAUCUUGUCCUCCUAGUGACUUAGAAGUGACUUCUGACAAAAACCUCAUCCUGCUGACUUUUGAUGGUCAACUUUAGCAUUUUUCUUCUGAAUCUUUUAUGUGGAAAGUGUUAAAAUGUGUUUUUUUCUUCAGCAGCUUCACUGACACCUUCUUUAUACAUUCAGACUCAAGCGUAAGAAUUGUCACUCUUGUCUCUGAUGGUCUUAAAAGGGCAUUUAAUGUGAGUUUCAGUCUGUUUUAUAACUGUCAAAAAACUCCUCACAGGAGCUUUAAUGUCUGACACUGCUGAGAGGAUGAGGCAUCAGACAUAACAAUACUUUUUUCUAAGCAAUGUUUAACAGCAAAGAGACAGAAACGAUCGUAUUUCACAUCAAACACAACUCACACAUGCACAGGACAAAACCAGCAAGCACAAAAGAGAUAUGUUUUUGACCACUGGAGGGCGCCAAAGUAAACACAAAGGGAAAGCUCCUCACAGGAGCUUUAAAGAAAGGCAAGACAAACACCAUCAUUUCAUAACUGUGAGCUGCUGCAAAGCUUAAAACCAUCAAGAUAAAGGCAUUAUGAAAUGUACUCUCUUUACAGUGUGUGCAGAUGGUGGAAUGAACUAUUUAGAUCAUGAAGAGCUGGAAAAUAGUUGCUAAGACUGUCCUCAAAUGUUCUUGAAGUGUUUAGGAAUGCAUAAGAGUAAACCAAAAAAAGAGUCAAAGUGAGUUCAGUCUGGGUAAUCUGUUCUCAGGUUUUCUUGAAGAUUUAGUCUCCAAAGUCUGGGUAAAUUAAGUCGAGAAAUGAAAAACUGUGAGACAUGAAUGCUGGAUAAACACACAGAGGAAACGAGGCCUGUAAGUGUUAUGUUUAUGGUGUUUUUCAUGUGUGUGUUGCAGUGGUCACCCUGUACUCCACACUGGGAGGUCCAGCCAUCGCUCACGGGCUUAAUGAGACUCAGGUCACCCACAUCAUCACCAGCAGAGAGCUACUGGAGACCAGACUGAAGGUAGAGAUAGACAACAACACAGAGACCUCAUACUGUAAUGCUGGUUAUCACCUCACUGGGCUCUGUAGACCAACACAUUAAGGAAAGUAGGGUAAGACCCAACCUGCAGAAAAAGCAAAGAAAACUAAGCAAAGGUUGUUGACAUUCAUGGUUCAAAGUUUUUUAUGGUACCUGUCUUUUAAAAGCUUCUGGUCAGCAUAACUGUGGGACGUGAAGUCUGCUGUUAUCCUUCACUGAGAGAUAUUUCAGAAAAUGCUGUUUUAGGAAGAGGAGAGGUAGAGUGUGUCAUCUAAGAGUCGUAAAAUAAGGAAAUGUGCACGUGCUGGAUGUCAGGGACUAUUUUAGUUCAGGUUUAUCCCAAACAAGGAAUGAUAUCCUGGCAGUUCAUCUCGUUUUUUAUCAUGAGUGCAUAAACACUGCUCCUCUGCUCUGUCUCAAACACUUCAUCUCAGACCAAAAACCGAUAAAGAUGAGUUUUAUUAGUUCAGAGGAAACCAGGUUUUAAUCAGGUGCAGGUGUGUACACUGCACAUGGAUGCUUGGCAUAUCUGUGCUCAUGCUUCCUUUUUUGUGUCGGUCUGUUUCAGGCCAUCCUGCUUGAAGUCCCGAGGCUGCAGCAUAUCAUCGUCGUUGACAGCACGCCGACCUCAUGGCCUAGCUACGCACGUAGCAUCAGCGUCCACAACAUGGCUGCCGUUCAGAAGUUGGGGGCCAAACCUGAGAACGGUAAGCUUGUGGGUGUGUGGGCGUGUUAGUGUUUGCACAUCUAAAGCUCUGAAAAAGUCAACUUUGUGGAUGAGGGUUUGGAUUUCAGCAUGAGAAGUGUUCUAGUUGUUUUGAGUUAUGGACCGCUGUGUCAACCUCUGCAGAAACAGACAGUCCUCUGUAACUCACACUAUGUGGUUUCUUCUUGAACACGAGUUGGUCUCGGUCCCAUUAGGUCAUGUGAAUAAGGAAGUGCUCACAUCUGUGUCAGAUUAAUGUUGAUCAUAUGAUGCUUAUUCAGUCAGGGGAUUAGAUGGAUGAGGAGAGAGCUCUGACUCCUCUCUGUGUCCGAUCGAACUGACUGACCCAAAACAGGGGGAGCUGGGCGUGUCACGUGCAAAUAGAAAGCAGGGCAGUAGAUUUAGGAGGGGAGGAUGAAGCUCUGGGAUAUAAGAGAGGUUUAUGUUUACAUACUGCACAGAUAACUUCACAUGACAUCAACUACAGAGGAAGCAGGAGGAAGGGAGGAUAUCCCCGACUGAAUAAAGAGCCAUUAACGCUCAUUUCCUUUAUGCCUCCCUUUGUUCUUUCUUUGUGGACAUCAUUGCUCUGUUAUAUUUCUUUUUUGUUGUUCACUUGUUCUGACUUCCAUGUUUCCCAAAUAAUUAUUGAUUUAACAUUUAAGCAUUUACUCUAAGUUCCAGGAGGAUAUGAAGGAUAAAAGGACAAGAGUGGCUCAUUUGGACCCCGAACUGCCUUUCAAACUGUUUUCUUGCUCAGUGAUUUAAUGAAGCGGUAACAAAUGACCCAAUCAGACCAAAACCAGCUUUUGUACCACGUUGUAAACGUAUUAUGUUUGCAGUUAAACAGGAAUGAUAAGGAGAUUGACCCACUUCUGGAGACAGCCCCAAGUGGACAUUUGUGGAGCUGCAAUUUUGGCCCUUCCAUCAUGGCUUUUUUUCCACUUAUGGCCUCUGCUCGGCAAAAAUUACAUACUAUCCAUCAAAUGUCCUGUUAGUAACCUGUUGCAGUUUUACUAAAGAGUUUGUUGAAUCAGAAUUGUAUUAAACUAUUAUUUUUUCUUUUUCAAUAUCCAAUAUAUUCAUAAACUCAAUACAAUCUGCUUUUAUCAACUGUUUUGGAUGUGGGUUUUAGGACUAAAGAUGAGCAGAAAUGCGCACAAUAGCCUUAUAACCAGUCAUAAAGUGCAUACCAAAUGUUGAAAGUUGAAUUCAGGACAUAACCAAGAAUGGAAAAAUUGGGGAUUAAGAAAGCUGAAGAACAGGGGAGAGGAUAUUUUUGGCGAGCACAGUCAGACACAAGUUAAGUUGUUUAAAAUAACAGUUUUCCAUUUGUGUGUUGAAACUGUAACACAGCUCCUUUUGUACAAAACACACUUGAAAAUGGAACAGACAGAGGCUAUAACUUGAUUUAAAUAAUGUGUUUAUGUGGGUUUGGUAUAAACAUGGGUGUAUUAUUGGGUAUUGCUGUAAGAGUUUAGUCUGUGUUCCUCCAGUAUAAUCAAACCACUACAUAACCAGAACUGUGAUAAAGGUCUCUUUUAUUGUUCUCACUUGUGUGUUUUAUUGUCUCGGCUUUGUUUAUAUCACAGCAGCACAUGAGCACAAUCGGCCGCUGCCCUCAGACAUCGCAGUCAUCAUGUACACCAGCGGAUCUACGGGCAUACCAAAGGGUGUGGUGAUCUCCCACAGCAACAUUAUCGCAGGCAUCACAGGCAUGGCAGAACGGAUACCCAACCUGUGGUAGGCUGCGCAACAUCAUCACUGAAUGUCGUAUCUAUGUGUAAACAAUAAUAUUUUCACUCUUAAUAUGGUCAUGUCAACUAUAAUGAAGUUGAAAUGUUUAAUCAUAAACUCUCUCUGGUCUCCUCUUUGAUACAUUUCUGCUGCCUUCUUAACACUGAGUUUAAGCAACAUGAGUCAUUUUUUUCCAUGCUGGCUGAACACGUGCUCAAGUAUGAGUCAACCAGCUCCUCAAAUCAUACCACAGAAAAGUUUACAUUAAAUCAAACACCAGCCCUGCUCUCUUGGGAUCAAGAUGGGGUGAGAGGAAAUGCAGGAAAGAGGGCGUUCACUGUGAGCAGAGCGAAAACCAACAGGGAGGAAGGGAGUCAGGAUGAGAAGGACAGGGGUCAGGGAAGUUACGGAUAUUGCGAUAUCAAUCAGACUUCUUUUGAAAUUGAUGACUCUUCUUGUCAUGUUAAGUAAUAUAGUUGAGUAAACCUCCUCCUGCUGCAUGCUGUGAAACGUGAUUCCAGAGAAAACUGAGGAUCGAGAACUUGUGGUCUGGUACUUGUAGACUGAGACCAGUGGAUCAUUUAAAGUCUAAACAAAGGAAAAGUUGGCCUCUAUUUUAUACACAUAAUCCUUCUAAUGCACAUCAUUUAUCAUCUGGAGACAACUAUCAUCUAUAAAGCCAGGUUAUGCAACAGAUGUACGUGUAUUAAUUACUGAUUAUACUAUUGUUUGAUGGACUUAACCAGAGAGUAUAAAUGAGAUGGUGCUGACAUUUCCAGAGCUGUUGAUAAUACUGUCCCUGUGUUUACAGUGAGGAGGACACCUACAUUGGCUACCUGCCACUUGCACAUGUGUUAGAGCUCAGUGCAGAGCUCGUAUGUGUUUCUCAUGGCUGCAGGAUUGGCUAUUCUUCGCCUCAGACUCUUGCUGACCAGGUACAGUUAACAGUGAGACAUGACUUUUCUGUAUUGCAUCAUAACCUGAGAGAUGAAUGUUGCAGAUUGCUUGCUUCUCUAGUUAUACCAACUUUAGUAACAACCGCAUGAUAGCAAUACACGGCAGUCUACGUCUCCACGCACAAACCUCAACCAAAAAGCCACUCUAUAACCACAAAUAAUGCUCAGAACAGCACCUAACUUCAUCAACAGUACAUAUAGGGUCCCAGCCACAGUACUAGUCACCAAACAUCUUUAGCUUUGCCUUAUUUCUUUAGCGAAGAGACUAAACACAACUCACUGUCUCUCUUCCAGCAGCCGCUUGUUUGGGGCGAGUCCAUCUAGUGCAUUAGGGGGACGCAGCUCAAGGAAGAACAUUAAUGAUUAUUAUUUUAUCAUUUCCUUGAAGUAAUAAUCAUCAUAUUAAUCAUUUUGCACUGCAGACGUGGUACUUCUUCUGCCUUAGCAUCUCUGUCUGAUUGCAAUUCCAUGAAGUAAUAAUCACAAAUGUUCUCCUUGAGCAGUCAGCAACAUUCAUCUCUCAACAGGGUGUCUAACUUGGUGUUACCGCGUGUUUGAUCCUAACUUAAUUUUAUGCCGGAAUAUCCCUUUGAACAGUAUUUUUAAGUAGCAACCACAGAGGCGAGUUCACAGAGAGUGGAUUGCAUUUGCAAGUAACCCAAGAACUGAACAUCUUUUACCAAUACUAUCUGCUCAAUCUCAAGCUCGAGUUAUCCUUGAUUAACUUUUGCACAACACCCAUAAAAGUUUUGCAGUUCUGUGUAGUUUGCUCUUUGUUUUAUGUCAAAUUGUAGAGAUGAGUUGUCAGCGUCUCCACUCUCAGCUGCACAGAGCUAUGGUGUGCACUUCAAUUCUGACAGAGCUCAAAUCUGUCUGCAUCUACCCUAAUAUUAAAAACGACUGGAAUUCUCUAUAAAAUGUCAGUUUAAACAGAUUUUGAUGGUUUUUGUGUCUCAUUUAAACUCCAUAUUUAAUAAGAAAUGGUGCAAAAUCACAGAUCAAAUGUAGAAAGCAGUGAAAAAUGUAUACUCGUUUUAAAUUUGAUGCCAGCAACAUGUUUAAAAACAGUCAAAUGUUGCCCCAUCUUUUUGUAGUAAUGGAUUUUAGCUGCUCAACAGUUUGACAUUUCUUUUAUGUAUUAAAUGAGUGUUGAGUUGGGACUGUAGGCAGGACAGUUUAUUAGCAGGAUGCCUCUAUUACUGAGCCAUGCUGUUGUAAUCCCUGCAGAAUGUGGUUUUGCUGAAAUAUGAAGGUCUUCCCUGAAAAAGUUAUUAUCUUGAUGGCAGCAUAGUUGCUCUACAAGCUGUUUAUAUCCUUCAGCAUAUCAAGCAUCAUUUGACUCUUUUGAUGACGUACAAUUUUGUUCAGGAAAAUAGGCUUUAAAACUGGGUAUUUUAGCAGGGGUCUCCUUUACUCAAAUGGACAUAGACGUUCUUUGUAUUUCACAAUUGGCACCUUAUUUCCUAGCCCUGGAGGUUGAUGCUUGAUUACACAUUGCUAUAUUUCUGUUUCUCUAACGUCAACUGGGAAAACCUUUCUAGUCCUAAAGCGAAACUUGUUCUAUUCAAACCUAAAACUUGUGACUAAAACUGCUGACUCAUUAGAACACUGUUUACUAAAGUUAUGAAUAUACAAAACAGAAGUGACUUUUCUUUCCUGUCUGGCCUAAAACAAUCUGCACCAAGUGGAAUCACCCCCCUGUUGGCCCUUACAAAAAAGCGGGUUUAACACACCUCUGUGUUAGCUUCUCUUUGUAAGUUUGCCAUGAGAGAAACUUGUAAUGGUGGAGGGGCAUUGGCUGCAACCAUUGGCCACCCAUUUGCUCUGUGGCUCUUUUUCUUGCAUAUCAUAUUCACUAUUUGACGUCUCAGUUAUCUAGAUUUUUCUUCUGUAAAGUUUUAAUUUUGUCAUGUUUGGCUUGCUGAAACACUAUGAUUGAAGUCGUUGACAAAGAAAAGUUUCCCUACUUAGUCUUCAUACUGUAGCGUGAUUGUGGCCUCGUGAUUAGCGAGAGUUACUUUGGAACUUUUUUAUUUUUAUAGUCUCUUGCUUCUGGGAACAUCACUGAAACACUCAACUUAUCUUAACCACAUUAACGUGAUGUUUCUUUUUCCCACCAAGUCAACCAAAAUCAAGAAAGGAAGCAAGGGAGACACCAGCGUCCUGCAGCCCACCCUGAUGGCAGCAGUUCCGGUAUGUCAGUACACUCAGAUCAACUCUAUGCAUUCAACAGUUAAAUGCUCCACAAGUCUUUGGCUUUCCACUUUCUCACAUUGACUCACCCUCCCUGAAGUCUGUGUAUCAAACAGUGCUAUUUGACCCCAUCUGGCAGCAGGUCAGAUCUCACUCUGUUGUUGUGCAGAGUCCAGCUGUGGAGUCCAGCAGGCCUGGAUCUGCAGGAUCUGUCUCAUGACUGACUGUGACGUUAAUAGUCUCUGCUUCUUACCACGGACCAUAUCUGCUCUACAUCCCGGAACAAUAUCAGACACACGGGGGAAAUAGUGGAAUAUUUGAGGUUUUCUAACCAGGGUUUGUUUUUGAGAUUUAUUGAACUGUGAACCAGGAAAAUAUGCCCAGGGAAAAGUUUUUAUUGUUAAUGCUGGGAGUGCUCUCUGUCAUUAUGGUCACGUCUCAUCAUACUAUUAUAUAAGACGGUAUUUGUUUUGUAGAGAAGUCCAGUUUUGAGCAGUUAUUAGUACCUAAUGCUGUGAAAGCCCCUUUGAAUCUCUGCAACAAUAAAUUGCAAAUUUCUGGCCUUAGACCUGUCCAAAAACUUCUGAAAUUUCGCAGAAGCAUUAGCAUCAGAUCUUUCAUGGGCCUUGUAACAAAUAUUGCAAAACUUUGCUCCAUAGCACCCUCUAAAGUUUUCAAAUAGCCCUCCUCAUAGAAAUUAUUUCCACCUAUAUGUUGUACCUUCGUCUUUAUGUUUGUCACAUGAAGCCCCACAAAAAAAUCUCUUGCACCCAAACCUUAAAACCAUCAGGGAGUCAGAAAAACUUUGAACAUCAAAAUUAGCAGUUUUUAGUAAUUUUCAGGAUGUCUUUUUGAACAAACUCCUCUUAGGGGUUUUAUACGAUCAUCUCCAAAUUUUCACGGUGUGUUAUAGAUGGAUUGAAAAUUAAAAGGUACUCAAACCUUUCAACGUUGCUAGUGGGUGCGCUGAACACUCCAAGAUAGGUGUUUCACUAAGACAGGAAGUAGUUUUUAUCUCAGCCAUGCAUGUUCCAAUUUCAGCCAAAAGCACCACACAUAGAGAGAGUCCAGGCCAGAGCACAUGUAGCAAUAUUUCAUCCCAGCCAUAGCGUGCUCUUGAUGCAGCAGGAAAUGUCAUUCUUAAAUGUAUGAGUUGAAACUCCAAGACCACUGAAAAUCUCUGCAUCAUUUUUGCUUCGGAAAAACCUGAGAUGUUGGUCAUCGUGUGUACCAAAGUGUGAGUUUUUCCUAAAGAGUGUGGUCAGCACAGUGCAAAGAGUUUUGACUCUCAGACAAUUGUCGCCAUGAAAUUUUAAACUGCUGUAUGUAAGCCUUACAAUGUUGUCCAUGCUUAUGGGGGGUUCCAGUCUGAGAACACCCAUCACCCUGAAAAUUAAUCUAGUACAGUGGUUCUCAAGUCCAGUCCGCGAGGCCUACUGUCCUGCAUGUUUUGGAUGUUUCCCUGCUCCAGCACACCUGAUUCAAAUGAUUAGCUCGUUAUUAAGCCAUUUCAGAGCUUGAUAACGAGCUGAUCAUUUGAAUCAGGUGUGUUGGAGCAGGGAAACAUCCAAACAUGCAGGACAGUGGGCCUCGAGGACUGGACUUGAGAACCACUGAUCUAGUACAUUCCAAGACCUUCCCCAAACCCACCUGAAGACCUCAUAAUAAGUCUAUAUUAAAUUCUGUUGCUAUGGCAGCACUUUGUUUGCCAUCAAGCACGAAGUAGUAAGUUGAAGGGCUUUAAUCACUUGUAGGGUCACCAAACCUGGCACACAGAAGCCUGGUAGAGCAAUGACAUAUUUGAUUCAGGUAUAGUUGGUGGGCGUGGCCUAAUGGCACAAUUAGCCACACCCACAAAUUUAAAACAUUUGUAAAACUUGCAUUUUCCAUCCAGAAAGAUAUGUUCUCAUGGCCUCAUGCAUCUUGAAAAGACCAGAAAAGUCAGUCAAACCCUUAUUUUCAAAUCAGCAAUUUAUCCACAGUUUUUUCUUUUUGGUAAAAUAUUUUUAUUUAAUUAUUUUAUUGUUAUUUUUCCAGGGGUCCCUCUAGUUAACUGCCCCUCAGGGAUGAUCAAAACCACCUCAUCUUUAGUUUACAGGUAGAAGAGGAAAAUGAAAGAGAGAAAAUUGAAUAGAUGUAAAUAAACAUGAAGCACAUGUUGGUCAGAUGGAGAGCUCGUUCACUGGAUUGAUGCUGUACUCUCUCACAUCAUUUGCUCAUCCCCUCUGGUCUCCCAGUGGUGGUGUAAAGGGCAGAGGGCCUCAGUGUCUGGAACCAUUCACAGCUGUAAACAGAACGUGAGAAAGCCCCAUGUGGUUAUCCCCACAACACACACUCACACACGUACCCACACACACAUACAAUUUGUUUGCUGUGAUAUGACAUCAGGCUGCUGCUUGAAUCCCGUGUCCACUUCCUCUCUCACUGGUUUAGCUUUACACACACACACACACACACACACACACACACACACACACACACACACACACACACACACACACACACACACAUGCACACACACAGGGGAAUGAGCUGCCUUUUCUGUUUUGUUUUUUUUUAAUGUCUGUGCCCUUUUACCCAUAUAUCUCUGUGUUGAGCUUUUGAAGACACAUGAUGAUGAUGAUGAUGAUGUGGCGGUCAUGAUCUCUGUGUUUUAGUCUCUUUGACAUCAGGGAAUAAAAUCAUAGAGUCAAGUUAUUCAUAAAGCAGUGUUUCAGACAAGGUCGCAUUUCCUUUGACUACCCCCUUCUCAUCACGGCCAUUUUUUUAAGUGCAUCACUGAGAAAUUUUAUUCAAAUUCAUUCAAAUGUUUUUGCAAAGCCAGUUUAUUUUACCUCCAGUCCACCAAACUGAAGUCUGUAAAGAGUGAAUGAUGACCUUGAAUGACUUCUGGUUUUGCUUUUCAAGUUUUUCAUGGAGGUUAUGUGUGGUUCGCAUGCUCACCCUGUCAAUAUGACAUUUAUAGAAAAUGCAACAUUAGCUGAACCAUUAAGGCCAGGCAUUCACUGAGUGAAUUUUAGCUCAUGCUACUGUGGUUUUUGAAGUCAGGCCACAUUACAGUUGUAUUGAACAUUGUUUUCCAUGCAGAGAGCAAGCAGGUUAUGGACCUGACAAGAUGGAUUUAAGUUUCUGAAUUUGAACUCAAAGCUACUGUGGCAAAAUAUCCCAAUGAUGAAGUUCUUGAGAUAUUUAUGGGAAACUUGAGUCAAAUUCAGGAAAGGUCAACACAAAGGUGGAGCCUCACAGAGCUUCACAAACAUGUCAUCCAAUUUUAGAGAUGUUCAAAGUUGUGUUGAACUCAUCACACUUGAUAAACAUAAGCCCAAAAAAGAUGCUGCCACAUAAAACGUUUGAUUUUGAUGCUUUUAUCUUGACAUUUUGAAUGUCUUUCUCUCUUGAGUUUCCUUUAGGUUGCUUGUUUUCUUUACAGUAAACACGUGCUUUUAUUUUGAAAUGUACUGUAGAUUUUAAGUCACAGACCUGGAUGAAAACAGCUCAAAGAUCAGUGAGAAAGUUAAAAUGUUGAAUAAAUUAGCUCCCCUGACAAGGCACAAAUCUCACACCUCAGUUUUACAAGUUCCUGACUAGAUAUACUGUAAAUUACUGGCAGCUGUGAGAUAUAAAAAAAAACAGUGCUGUUAAAAAUACACAUUAAUAUAUGAGGAGCCACUGUAGAUUAAUGCAAAGAUUAAGCAUAAUACCUAAACAGAGAUUUGUUUUACCUCUGUUGACCUGCAGCCUAAGUAAACUUGAGCAAACUGACGUCCUAAACUUUUCUGGUCUGCAGAUCAAUGGGUUUUCUCUUUUCAUCUUAGCGUGGAUUGACUAAGAACUUCCUGCAGUCUUCCUCAUAUCGUUCUGAAGUGUCAUUAUUAUGGUGACUUCUGUUGUCUAACAGUCUACGGAUAGCGUCCGAGGGAUGUGACAGCAUGCAGGCUCCCUCAUUCCAGUUUGCGGUCCUCUGGGCUCACUUUCUGACCCCUACUGCCUCCUUUAUCCAACAGUAGUACCUGUUGGUCAUCCCUCUGCAACAAGCAACAUCACAACAACAAUAUGCAAAUCUUCUGAGGAAGACUAUGGGGAGUUUGGGGUCCAAUUUACCAUGUCAGGGUAAAAAGAGAAACACACUGAUUUAGUCAUGUUUAACUUCAAUAAGCAGUCAGAUCAAAUGGACUAAACUCAAGAUGUUAAGGGCCAAAAAAUAAUAAUAAUAACUGGGUGGUUUGUUGGUUUCAGACCAUGAAAUUAAACUGGAGUAAAGACUCUGCCUCAUUCACAAUUGACAGUGAAACAGACUGAUCAGAAACAGCUUAAAGGGUGUUACUUAAGAGAUUGAACCAAAACCCGACUGUGCAGAUCAUCUGGAGCUCAAAUACGGUGAGAAUUUUCUUGAUGCUCAACGAAAAGCAAGACAUCGCCUGACUCAGCUUAUUUCUGUGGUUGUGUUGAGGUUAUGUUUGACCUCUCUUCAUUAAAAUUUGAAUUUUUUGUCGAGUUUGUGAUCCUUUUCAUCAUAGCACAGUCAAACUCAAUUAUACAAUCAUGCAUCUCAUUUUUGUUGGUGUUCUACACGACACAAAUUGCCUCUCAGGAGUCCAGAUACCAAAGUUUACUGCAGUUCACGUCCGUCUCUGAUUUAAUUUACUCUGAGAUUCGCUCUUGUGGAUUCCUCUGUUUUUUCUCAGCUUUGUGGGUCACUUGUUGUCAGCAAUCCACCAGGGAGCCUCGCCGUUAUGCAACCAAGUUUAAGGACACAUUUGUUCCACAUUGAACUAAUUUUUUUUUUUUUACCUCUGGCCUUUUUGUAUUUAGAGGAAGUUAUUUUGCCCUUUCAGUUUAUGAGCUCCAAACCUCCUACAUUUGAUUUUCACUGCAGCCAUUGGGUGAAAAUCUGAGUCCCCUUUUUUGGAGAUGUUUGGAAACUCAGCUGGGCUCCCUCACUCUUUGAACACAAAAAGGACAGACUGAUCAACACCUCUGUUUUCUUCUAAUUGUGUCUGGGUGUGUGUUUCUCACAAAAUCUGACCUCACGAGUCAUUUUCAGUUGACUACAUAUCUUAUCAUUUACCCUCAGUCCAAAGCUAUCAUUGAAAUAUGUUGUUUAUACUGUUUCUUCAUGUAUACUCUUCUGUUUUCACUCACCAUGUCUGUAUGUCUUCACUGUGCUUCCUGGCUGCAGGAGAUCAUGGAUCGCAUCUAUAAAAACGUGAUGACAAAGGUGGAGGAGAUGAACUGUAUCCAGCGAACACUAUUCAUUCUUGCGUAUAACUACAAACUGGAGCAGCUCACCAAAGGCUACAGCACACCUCUAUGUGACAAGUGUGUGCACAGCAGAAUUAUCAAGUCUUUCAUUUUCAUUUGCACACACUGGCUCAUCAUCCUGUGUCCCAUAUAAACCGUCCUAUUUCUUCCGUUUUUACGUCCAGGCUGGUAUUCAGGAAAGUCCGCUCUCUCCUGGGAGGUCGAACCAGAGUCUUACUCUCAGGUGGAGCGCCCCUCUCUGCCGCCACACAACGCUUUAUGAAUGUGUGUUUCUGCUGCCCAGUGGGUCAAGGAUACGGCCUGACGGAGACCUGCGGUGCGGGAACCAUCAGCGAGCGUAAGCGUUGAUCAUAACACUCAGACAGCUGAAAAAAAAAGAGAAAUGAAAGUAAUUAUACAAAUUUUGAGGAUUUGACAAAUCAGAUAACAAGAAUGAGACUGGCCUCAUUAACCACAAGAAAGGGUAAAAAGGAUGCCGUGGUAACCCCCUAUUCCAGCAUUGUCUUACUUAAAAGAAGAAAAACGUUACUAGUGCACCUGAAAGACAUCAAGGGGUCAUAGAGAGGUCAGAAGUUGCUCUAAUAAGAGUGACUUGGCUGCCUAAUGUCAGAAAAGGUAAAGUAUAAAUCAAUGCAAGUGGAUGCAGAGGCAGAAAAACCCCAAAACAAACUUGGUGAGUGCUCCAGGAGAACCUGCACCGUUAUCACUACAUGUACCCGAAACAGGAUGAACUAACUGUUUGCAGCCACAGCUCAGCCACUGUUUGCAGUUCAGCCCUUGUCUAUAAAGAGGUCCAAUGUGAAGUUUGUUUUUGCAACAGUGGAGCAGAGAGUAUGUCUGGCUGUAACUUUUGCCAAAACCUCAGUGGAGUAGGAGAAACUAGAAUCACCGUCCGAGAAUAAGUGAUUUUCAAGGCCCCCCUGUCGUUACAUCACCACAGGAGCAAGUUGACAUCGUCCUGAAGAGCUACUGUAUGUUUUCCGAUUUGGAGAACUAUAGAAACAGUUUAGAAGCUUUUAAAACACUCUUAACAUUAACAUGACCCUUUUUUUCUGAUUUAUACAAAUGUACUUAAGGGUCAUUUACUCACUGUUUUUAAUUUGCUGUGAAAAUCAGGAUGUUUGUAAAUGUAACAGCCAAAUUAAUUGCCUAGAGGCUUUAACAGUGUUGUAGUGGUAAUGUAAAUUAGUUCAGACUUUCCCUGCCUUUAAGAUACAAUUGGCAGGAAAUGAUUUGAGGGUUUUGAGCUUUCUCUGUAGUUGAGCAUAGCUUGAGUUCAGAUCAUGCAUCAGUUGAUCCAGGCCCCUCCCCAUACCAGCAGACAGCUUAGCUUGUUACCAUCUAAGCAUCAAGUUGGCCGAUGUCAUGACAGGCGUUUUGUCUAGACUGAGUUCCUGCUUUCUCUCCAACCCAUUUUGCAAACUGCCCCUAUCCGUGCCCAAGCUUUUGCAUCCCAGGUGCACAUGAGGGAGGGCAGGAGGCUCUCAUAGCAGAACCAUACAGCCAAAUAUGAUUGUUGUAUGAAAUGAUGGUUCUUGUAACUUAAAUGGUCCUGAGUUAACUAUGAUCAGGUGGUUUCUGACUUAUGACAUAAUCCCUGACAAAUGACUGAUAUGGGUUUGUUCGAGUUUACUCAAAUAACAACUAAUAAGUUGAAUCAUUGCAAGUUUCUACAAAAAGGAGUGAAGCUGUGAGGGGACAUUGGGAGGACAGGAGGAAGAGAAAUCUUUCCCGCAGGGGUGGAAAAACAAAUGAGAGGGAAAAAAUGAAUAGAUAUGAUGUGCGUGGGUUGUAGUAAACAGAGGGCAGAUUAGGAGGAGGGUAUUUAUUUUGAAAAGGAUGACAUGUUUAAGUCAACAUCAGGGAAAAAUUCAUCUUUUACUGAAAAGUAAGCCAGAGGUUUGUCAGCAAAUUGUGAGAGUUAUAAGCCAGUUGGAUGUGAAAUAUUUUUCCCUUAUUUAUUUAUUUAUUUUGAUUUUUCUACAGGAAUUUCUCAUAGCUUCUUGGAAAGAAGGAAAUUAUUGCCCAAUGACUUAAAAGUACGUGCAGAAAUCCCAGUCAUGUGUCGUUGAUGUCUGUCCCAAAGAUCUGUCUGAACUUUAAAACUCAUCUAUUGGCUUAUUUUGAAAGAAUGGAAAUCCUCGCAGCCUUUCCCAGGCAGAUAAACAGCCUGUCACUCUCCUCCGUGGUCAUUUCAGCCAGGAAAAGACAGUUUUGUGGACGUUCCUUUGGGAUGGGGUUUCCAUGGUUAAGGAACAAGCGAGGUCGUGUUGCCAUGGUGAUAAAUGUCUGGUCUUGAUGCUCGUGUGCUUUCUAAUGGUACAUGUGUGCUGUCUGUUCCAGUGUGGGAUUACAGCACUGGGAGAGUGGGAGGACCACUGGUCUGCUGUGAGAUCAAGCUCAAAGACUGGGUGGAGGGUGAGUGAGACCAAGAGGAGACACACUCUCUCUCGCACGCACACACAUACACAUACACACACACACCCAUAAAGCCUCUGAUUAAGUGAUCCAGGCUGUCACGUGGAUUCACAAGGAUUCACAUCAGGUCAGCAACACUUUUUUUUAGCAGCGGCAGUGCCUGACUGGAGAGCAAUAAAGAGACGGUUUGUUUGCAGCAGGCAAUGAAGCUUUUUGAUGCAAGAAACAACGCACAAACACCACAGAAGAAGAUUUAAAGGCCUGUACCACAGAAAAAGUUUAGCAUUCAAUGGGAACUUUGAGCUUAUCUAGCCUUAAGCUUGAAUAAAUGUCCCAAAGUUUUAAAUAGAGUCAACUGUGACGAGAGAUUUAUGUAGAGGUGAGGACACAAUCCAAACUACAACCAGCACGUCUGUGUGAGUUAAUAGGCUUUUAUAACUUUAUAACAGUCCCUGAUAAAACUAACUUUUCCAUGCAGGUUUACUCUCUUAAAUCAUGCACAUAUUUUCUUGUUGCCUGUUUAAAAGUCUCAAAUGUGGUGUUUCAGUUCUAGUCCUGGAGGAAUCAAACAAAGAGGGAUGGAAGUGGUAAAUGAAGCUUGACGAUAUAACCUGAAGCAAUGAAGUAGGCACAUUUGAAUGUUUUAUUUCAAAAACAGUGGAGCACACAGAAAAUUAAGUGUGUGUUCCCUAAAUUAAUCUUUUUUUCCUAUGACAUUUUGAAAAAUAUACUUUAAUUUCACAGGACAAGAUUUGUCAUUGCAGUGGCCUUCAAAGUUUAAGGCAAUUCGCAUCCUGAGAACUAGAAUUAGCUGUUAAGACAUUUUCACGAGAGGCAUUAUCUACUCCCUACUAAUUUGGGGCCUUUACAGACUGAAACAAAAAGAAGUUUGUGUGUUUUAUCAAAUAGGUUACUGGAAAAUCAGCUAGACUUUAAACUUUUUGACCCAAGAUGGCUGACGUUUGUUGUACAACAAGCAGCAGAAGCCAAAGCUUAUCAGCGCUGAAGUUUCUGGAGAACAAUCACUUUUUAAGACUUUAGUUUUCCACGCUGAUAAAGUACAGUCGGCAUCUUUCUCACUCCAUGUCUAUAUUAAAUCAGACCACGAAACAUUUUCCCAGGUCAGAGAGGUUAUUUUGGUGCACAACCUUGUAAGGAAAACAUAUUUCUUCCCUUUCACUCCUGCGCAAUUUCCAUCUUUUUUAUGUAAGACAGGGAUCAUAGCUCAUUUUUAUUGCAAUCUGUUGGAUCUUGAUAUUUAUCAGGCUCAGUUUAUUGCUUUGGCUCCCAAAGAGGAAAAAGAAGAAAAAGUAAACAAAGCUACGUGUUUUUUUAUUUCCAUAAAAUUAUUAUAAAGCAGUAUCAAGAGAUUUGAAACGGUUUAUAGUUGCUUUCUUAAUUCAAACUCUGCCUGUAGGUGGUUAUCGAAGCACUGACAAGCCACAUCCGAGAGGAGAGAUCCUGGUGGGUGGACCCAACGUAACCCAGGGGUACUACAAGUGCGAGGCCAAAAACCAGGAGGAUUUCUUUGUGGAUGAGAACGGCCAGCGGUGGUUCUGCACGGGAGACAUCGGGGAGUUCCACCAAGACGGCUGCCUCAAAAUAAUCGGUGAGGGAAAGUAGAGCAAAGGUUGUUUAUCAGGUGCAGAUACAACAACCAGGAUCUUGUGCUGCUACAAGUUAUCAACACUGUGCACCAGAUACCUGGAUUUCUCCAAACAACCUCCCCAUUCCAGCGUCAUCCAUCAGUCUGACAGGAACCCUUUUAACAAAUAAGGUUUCACAUCACUUCCAAGAAUUACUUCAUGUGGUGUUUACCUCUGUCAGCCAGAGCCCUGAAUCUUCUCCGAUAUUUAGAUGACGCUGGUCAGAUAAGCACAGUUCAGAGGAAAGAAGGUUCUGUCCUCACUUCUCUCCUCCUUUGAAAGAUCACAUAUCCACUCUUGGGAAUGCUUUUGUUACAACUCUCUGCUGUUUCCAGAUCGUAAGAAAGACUUGGUGAAGCUACAGGCCGGGGAGUAUGUGUCGCUGGGAAAAGUGGAGGCUGUGUUGAAGAACUGCUCUCUGGUUGACAACAUUUGUGCCUAUGCAAACAGGUGUGUGUGUUUCCCAUGCAUAAAUAGAAAAUAAACAAUUACAGUCAGAAGUAGAUGCUUCACAAGACUCUAAACUUCCACACCAUUGCUGCUGUUUCACUACUCCAAGCCAAAUUUCGUGUGGAUUUUGUACCUGUUCUUGGUUCCUUUGGGCAUUACCAUCCUCCUCUCCCCUCUCUCGCCCUCCCUAUAGUGAUGAGACCUAUGUGAUCGGCUUUGUGGUGCCCAAUCAGAAGCAGCUGCUGGCUCUGGCUGAACAGUACAGUAUCCGAGGCCCAUUAGAGGAGCUGUGCAACAGUAAAGCCAUGGAGGAGCUGGCCCUCAAGGUCCUCACUGAAGCUGCUCUUACAGGUGAGGAUGGUCAGUUUUCACUCACAGAUCCAGACCAAGUGGAUUCACAUGCCCUCCUUUGGCGUCAUAGUCAAAAUCUUUGCUAUUUGAGUCUUUGCUGCUGCUCUCCCUUCUUUUGUUUUGCAUGCUCAUGAAAUGUAGUGAAGGUGUGCUCUCCCCACCUAAUGCUGUUAUGUUCCUCAUACACACACACACACAGACAGAGGCAGGGAGCUCCCAGAACAAAUUCUGGCGUAAAAUUAAGUUAGGGUCAAACACACCGUAACGCUGAGUUAGACACCCCCUCGAGAGAUGAAUGUUGCCGACCGCUUACUUCUCUAGUUAUACCAACUUUAGUAACGACCGCACAAUAGCAAUACACAGUGGUCUCAGGAGCCACACACAAACCUUAAACAAAAAGCCACUUUAUAGCCACAAAUAAUGCUCAGAACAGCACCUAACUUCAUCAACAGUACAUAUAGGGUCCCAGCCAUAGUACUAACCACCAAACAUCUUCUUAGCUUUGCCUGAUUUCUUUAGCAAAGAGACAAAACACAACUCAUCCACUCUCUUCCAGAAGCUGCUUGUUUGUACGGAGACCUCAGAUGAGUCCAUUACUAACUGCAACGAGGUGAUGCAGCUCAAAAAAGAACAUUUAUGAUCAUUACUCCAUCAUUUCCUUGAAGUUAUAAUCACCAUAUAAAUCAUUUUAAACCGCAGACGCUGUAGUUCUUCUGGCUUAGCGUCUCUGCCUGAUUGCAUUUCCAUGAAGUAAUAAUCAUAAAUGUUCUUCCUUGAGCUGCGUCACCCGGCAGCAGUCAAUGGACUCGCCUGAGGUCUUGCUACAAACAAGCAGCUGCUGGAAGAGAGUGGGUGAGUUGUGUUUAGUCUCUUUGCUGAAUAAACCAGGCGAAGCUAAAAAGAUGUUUGGUGGUUAGUGCUACAGCUGGGAUUCUAGAUGCACUGUUGAUGAAGUUCGGUGCUGUUCUGAGUAUUAUUUGUAGCUAUAGAGUGGCUUUUUGGUUGAGGUUUGUAUGUGGCUCCUGAGACCGCUGUGUAUUGCUAUUGUGCGGUCGUUACUAAAGUUGGUAAAACUAGAGAGGCAAGCGGUCAGCAACAUUCAUCUCUCCAGGGGGGUGUCUAACUCGGUGUUACUGUGUGUUUGACCCUAACUUAAUUUUACACCGGAAUAUCCCUUUAAGAAGUGGUCACGUAAACUCAUCUAACCUUGGAGUUAAUAAUUAACGAUUCUCCUGCUUCCUCUUUUUUUAGCCCAGCUCGAGCGCUUCGAGAUCCCCCGCAAGAUCCGUCUAAGCCCUGACCCGUGGACUCCAGAGACAGGAUUAGUGACCGAUGCGUUCAAGCUCAAACGGAAGGAGCUGAAAAAACGAUACCAGGAUGAUAUUGAGAGAAUGUACGGCGGGAAGUAAAAACAAGGACCAGCAUUCACUCUCAUAACAGACCAACACCUGACCCUGAGAUCUCCCAGCACCCCUGAGUCCUUCUCCAUGAGCCUAGGAGCCACCGUGACUCCCAAAUAAGAUCUCUAAGAAUGAAGAAAAUCUGUCCAAAUGGGAAUUUUUAACCUGAGAGGCUGAAAAAUGCUUCAAGAAAACAUAGAAACUCUCCAUCUGCUGAUGCCUUUUCUCAUUUUCGUGCCCAGGUGUUUGACCUUGAACUGGGGAUCUUUAUUUUCCCAGAUGUGAGUUAUGAAACAGAUUGCCUGAUGUUAUCUGUGGAGCUCUUUCUCAGCAGAAGCUCAGGUUGUGUGAAUGAGUUUGUUGCCUCGAUCUGCUCGUAUGAAGGAAAAGAAAAUGCUCAGGCACGUCCCAGAAUAACCCUUUUUAACUCUACGAUUUCUUUUACUCCUUUUCCUGCAGGUCAGGAGAGGGUUUUGUUUCUUCUUUUGUUCGCAUUUUCAGCUCUGUCAGUGAUUUAUUUUACUUCCCACCUGCUGUCUGACUCUGACUCCUGUGGUUCCUUGGACGUCUCUCCUCCGUCAGCACUUUGACACGAAAGCACAGUUAUUUGAGGGCAAAUGAGAGAAGAUUUGUAGCCGAUUUUUUAAACAAAAUGAUAAAAAAAUGCACCCAGUAGUCUCCUUUAAAAGAAAAAAGAUGCACUGUUUAGUCUACUGUAUUUUCCUUAAGUGUUGGAGUUCCUUUUUUAUGAGCUUUUAUGAGCUACGAGUGAGCACAUUUCAUGCUUGCUUGUUAAUCUUUGUGCAAUAUUUAUCAUUUUUGUCCAAAAAAAAAAAAAAAAGCAGUUGAUUUUAAGAAGAAUAACAAAGCUUUCCUAACAUGCCUGGGUUAAAAACUAGGACACUGUGGGAGCAUCGUCUUUGACACUUAUUGUUCCAACAGGACUGUCUACCAGCCCAAAGCCUUGUCAUGUUAUUUUGCAUGAUUGUGACCAAGUGUGUGAAUGAAGAGGUCCUGAAAUGGCACAAACAUGAUCCCAGCAUCCCUCACCUGCUGCCUUCUCUCGUGAUUGUGAGUCGCACCUUUUUACAUACAGUAUAUGGAACUGUGACCAGCAGAGGAAGCACACAUGUAGCCUCUGUUAAAACUUGGACGUGUUUCUGAGCCCCACUCCCUCUCUGCACCUACAGUCUGCCUUGUAACGUAAAAAAUGAACCAGCUAUUUAUUUGUAAUUUGCCUCCAAAAGAAGUAAAUAAAGGUUGUACUUGGUCUACGAACAGA